UGGCCUUUUUCCAUUUUUGGCUAUCCUCCGCUGGCCCUCCUUCCUCUUUGGCGUUCCUUCCCCCACUCCCAUUAUUUUUCACAUCCAAAAAAGCUGCCUCUCCGUCCUCUUCGGUAAAUUGAUAUCUCCCCUACCCCGAGCAAUGGAGCUCGGGGAUCACAGCUGUAGGAACGUGACAGAGGCAGAGGUGAAGCUAGAGGAAGGAGAGGUGAUGCAGGACGGAGGGAGUGCACUGGUGGCGGUGGAUGCCAUGCCGGAGCCGCCGCAGAUGGACAUCAGGAUGGACGCCGCGCUGCUCCACUGCCAGACAUGCCUCCUCCCCCUCAGACCUCCUGUCUUCAAGUGCGAGGCCGCCGGGCACAUCGUGUGCUUCUGCUGCCGCGCCGGCCACGGCGGCAUCUGCAGCCGCGCCGUCACUCACUGCGCCGAGCUGGACGCCGUCGUCGCCGCCGCCAAGGUGCCCUGCCCCUACAGGGCGUUCGGCUGCGACCGGUACGUCGUCUACCACGCCGUCGCGGACCACCAGCGCGGCGAGUGCCAGUGCGCGCCGUGCUCCUGCCCGGACUCCGGCUGCCCCUUCGUCGGCUCGCGCGGCAUGCUCCUGGACCAUUUCGCCGCCGCCCACUCGCGCCUCGCCGUCACUGUCCGCUACGGCCGGUCCUGGAACCUCAACUUCGCCCUGUCCCAGCGCUGGCACGUCCUCGUCGGGGAGGAGGACAGGAGCGUCUUCCUCGUGUCCCUGGGCGCGCUCGGCGCGGCCACCGCCGUGUCGCUGGUGUGCGUCAGGGCCGACGCCGCCCCAGCGCCCCAGUUCUGGUGCAAGCUCUCCGUGGAGCUUCCGGGCGACGACAAGGACAAGCUGGUCCUCAUGACCUCCACGGUCGGCAGCAGCGCGCUCACCGGCGGCAUGCCAGCGCCGGGCCAGGGGAUGUUCUUGGCCGUGCCCCAGGAGCUGCUCUCCGGCGACGUGCUCCCGCUCAGCGUCCGCAUUGAUCAGCUCCGACCUGCCUCCGCCGCCAACAACAAGUCUGCAACACCGCGAGCGAGGACACCAGGGAGGAUGCAGUGAAGUCUCAGUUUGAACUUCUGGAUGAUUAGACUGACUUCUGGAGGCUUGUUAAGCUAGAUGGGUUACUCUGUUCUGGCAAAAGAUUGUUCAGUUCACUAGUAAUGCAGCUAUGCAAGGGAUUAAUUCAGCUAUGGAUGGAUGGAUGAUUGAUUUAGUUUGGUUCAGUACGCGCGAGGUUCUUCACUCUUUCUUCUGGACAAAUAUUGUAGUACCAAUCAGUAAUGCAACUGCUUGUUUGUAUUUGAUCCGAGUGAAAUUAAUUGGAAGAACCUGCUGUACAA